GAUAGAAGCCCUAUCUUCACCAUAACUAGACAUAAUGGAAGCCCUUCUCAUUCUCUUCACUAUCAUCUCAUCCAUGACAACCUGCACAGGGGCAAGCCUUAAUCUUCCAGCAGAAACCGAAAUGGAGUUCAUUAAGACUUCAUGUGAUGAAGUGACAUUGUAUCCAGAUUUAUGCUUCCAAUCACUCUCUCCUUAUGCUUCCACUGUUCAUAUGAGCCCUAGAAGAUUAGCUCAAGUGGGACUUGCUGUAAGCCUAACUAGUGCAAGAUCCACUUCAGACAUGGUGGUGAGCUUGUCUAAACAGAAUGAUAUGAGUCCUAGUGAAGCAGCAGCGGUUGCAGAUUGCGUCGAAACCACCGGUGACUCUAUCGAUGAGCUUGAACAAUCUUUGGUGCAGAUGAAACACCUUAGAGGCUCUGAUUUUGAUUUGAAAUUGAGCAAUAUACAAACAUGGGUGAGUGCUGCUUUAACUAAUGAUGAUACAUGUAUGAAUGGGUUUGAAGGAAAUGCCAUGAAUGGAAAUAUCAAGAACACAAUUAGAAGUGGAAUUCUAAGUGUUGCUCAGCUCACUAGCAAUGCCUUGGCCCUAAUUAAUAGGCUAUCCUCUAUUGAAGCCAAUAUUGUACCUUAGUUUCUACCUCCAUUUUAAGUUAUUCACAGUCAAAAAGGUUUCAAAA